AUGUCUAAUGUUCCACACGAUUCAGUAUAUCUGGACGAUGAAUUUCGGCCAGGCUUAGAUCAAGAGGACCCGGAAAAACCACUUCUUACCUGCAAUGACUCGGCAAAUGUGAACAAUCAUGGCCAUGCCGGGAGGGCAAUGAAAGCACAACAACGCAUGUGGCUCAAGGGGCGUGCCAUGAUGAUCUGGCUCACCAUUGGAAACAUGGUCUUGUUCAUAGCCUCCAUCGUGUUCUUGAUGUCGCCGUUAUCCAGACGGGCCUGCCUUCAACACCUUACGGACCAGGAUAAAUGGAAAUCAACAUCUUACUACGCACCUCUACUUGACCGGGUUGAUAUCCCAAGAGUCACCCUAACCCCAAACGCAUCACUGUAUGACACCGAUCCACCUUCUAUUCUACGAGUGCCAAAGGGCGACGAAGCAGACGCUGAAUGGUUCCGUAUUGGAACGGGGGUUAUGCCCAUAAUUAUCACCGCCGAUGAAAUCCGCAAGCUGGGAAAGGAUCCUGCGCCCGCAGUUAAGAUUCCCGAGGAGCACGGAUACGGUGAUGACGCCUAUAUCGCACAAACCGAGGUCUUUCAUCUCCUUCACUGUAUUGACAUGUUACGCAAGGAGAUCUCCUACGAGCAUUACUAUUUCCCCAAGUUUGGAAAUAACCCCGACGCUCAGCAUAUGGCACAUAUCGGUCACUGUAUAGAUAUUCUAGCACAGUCGAUUAAAUGCUCAAGUAGCGUUGACGUGAUCUUAUUCAACUGGGUCGAAGGGUGGGAUCAACCAUUCCCUGAUUUCAAGAAUCAGCAUGUUUGUCGGGAUUUUGAGGCGCUUCUGGACCAUGUUAAUGAGAAUUCUGUCCCUCGUUCGGUGUGGACAACUAUGAAGGCACCACCUGCUGGAUACGUGCGUCUGCCGGAACCAGCGCCCGUGCGGUCAGCUGAAUCUGAAGGUGGCGUAUGA